AUGUCGAAUCCUGGCUCUCGAAGGAACGGGUCCAGCAUCAAAAUCCGACUGACAGUGUUGUGUGCCAAGAACCUCGCAAAGAAAGACUUUUUCCGGCUUCCGGACCCGUUCGCAAAAGUGGUAGUGGAUGGAUCCGGCCAAUGCCACUCCACAGACACAGUAAAGAGCACACUGGACCCCAAAUGGAACCAACACUACGACCUCUAUAUUGGCAAAACCGAUUCUAUCACCAUCAGCAUAUGGAACCACAAAAAGAUCCAUAAACGACAAGGGGCUGGUUUCUUGGGCUGCAUACGACUUUUAUCCAACGCCAUCAGCCGGCUAAAAGACACAGGGUACCAGAGACUGGAUCUAUGUAAACUCAACCCCUCAGACAGCGACGCAGUGCGGGGGCAGAUUGUAGUAAGCUUACAAACACGAGAUCGUAUCGGCAGCGGUGGCCCAGUGGUCGACUGUAGAGGACUUUUAGAAAAUGAUGGGCCUAUGUUUGAGGGAUGUUUCAGUGAAGAGCCCCUGCCGUAUUCUGAUCCCACGGGUGCAGCAGGAGGGGGCAACUGUCGCCUGGACUCGCCCAGUCAAGAGAACCGUCUCCAGCCCCAGCGAAUUAGAGGCCAGGAGUCCAGAGGUCACGGCCACACGCCUCAGAACAGGCCGCACGGGCUCCAACCCCCUGACCUGCCGGAAGGAUAUGAGCAACGAACAACAGUACAAGGACAGGUGUAUUUCCUCCACACACAGACUGGGGUCAGCACAUGGCACGACCCUCGGAUACCAAGGGAUCUGGCCAGUGUGAGCUGUGAGGAGCUUGGUCCGCUGCCAGUUGGCUGGGAGGUCAGAAGCACAGUGUCCGGGCGCAUUUAUUUUGUGGAUCAUAACAACCGAACCACGCAGUUCACAGAUCCACGUCUUCACAACAUCAUCAGUCAGCAAUCCCAGCAAGUCAAAGAGCCAUCCCAGGUUCCCCAGAUGGAGGUGGGGGGUGAGGAGGGUGGUGGCGGGGUGGUUGGUGGGGGAGUUGGGGAAGGUGAUGUCGCCGCCCGCUAUGAAAGAGACCUGGUCCACAAGUUGAAGCUGCUACGACACGAGCUCUCCCUGCAGCAACCUCAAGCUGGCCACUGUCGCAUCGAGGUGUCCAGAGAAGAGAUCUUUGAGGAGUCGUAUCGGCAAAUCAUGAAAAUGCGCCCUAAAGACCUCAAGAAAAGACUGAUGGUGAAGUUUAGAGGGGAAGAAGGCUUGGACUAUGGAGGGGUUGCCAGGGAAUGGUUAUAUCUUUUAUGUCAUGAGAUGUUGAACCCCUACUACGGCCUGUUCCAGUACUCUACAGACAACAUUUACACACUACAGAUCAACCCAGACUCCUCCAUUAACCCUGACCAUCUGUCAUAUUUUCAUUUUGUGGGUCGUGUGAUGGGUCUGGCAGUUUUCCAUGGCCACUACAUCAAUGGCAGUUUUACCUUGCCAUUUUACAAACAGCUGCUUGGAAAACCCAUCCAGCUCAAUGAUCUAGAAACAACUGACCCAGAACUGCACAAAAGCCUUGUCUGGAUAUUAGAGAAUGACAUCACUUCUGUCCUUGACCACACAUUUUGUGUAGAACACAAUGCCUUUGGGAAGUUUCUGCAACAUGAACUGAAGCCCAAUGGGCGCAAUAUUUCAGUCACUGAAGAAAACAAAAAAGAAUAUGUCAGGCUUUAUGUCAACUGGAGAUUUAUGCGCGGUAUUGAGGCUCAGUUUCUGGCUCUGCAAAAGGGAUUUGGUGAACUCAUUCCCCAACAUCUCCUUAAGCCUUUUGACCAUAAAGAGCUAGAGUUGAUUAUUGGUGGCUUGAGCAAGAUUGACCUUACAGACUGGAAGACAAACACUCGGCUGAAGCACUGCACAAGUGAAAGUAAUGUGGUGCGGUGGUUCUGGCAGGCAGUAGAGGCCUUCAGUGAAGAGCGGAGAGGGCGCUUACUCCAGUUUGUGACCGGGUCAACUCGCGUUCCUUUACAGGGGUUCAAGGCCUUGCAGGGUUCUACAGGUUCUGCAGGACCAAGGCUUUUUACCAUCCAUUUGAUAGAUGCCAAUACGGAAAACCUGCCAAAGGCUCACACGUGUUUUAACAGAAUAGACAUCCCUCCCUAUGAGACGUAUGAGAAACUCUAUGAGAAACUCCUUACGGCUGUGGAGGAAACUUGCGGCUUUGCUGUGGAGUGA